UAUUCCUGCUAGUCGCCAUAAUACAAUAGCGACAAUUGAAUUUCGUCCAACGACUCGGGAAGGGCCUUCGGCCGAACAAGGGGAACAAGGGGAGGGAAGGUAUUUUAUAAAUAGCAAUUUAUUUCAUGUAGGAGAGGCAUCUGAGACAAAAGCUGGAUGCAUUUCUAAUCGAAUGGAGCGAAAAGUGGUACGAAUAACGCGAAAAUGUCUCAAAAAAGAAUUAUAA